AACCAGAACCAGCGGGUCCAAUGGAACCAGAACCAGCGGGUCCAGAACCAGCGGGUCCAGUGGAACCAGAACCAGCAGGCCUAAUUUGAUUCAGCAUCACCAGGAUGAAGGAGAACCUUAGAACGUUCUAGAAUGGGCUCCUGGUUGCUAUGGUUACAGAAGCUUCCAGAUGUUCUGCUGCACUCAGAAGGACCUGAACCGACACCGGGACCAGAACUUCAUCUGGACUCCUGGCUCUGGACAAACAGCUCAGCUGGACCUUCAGUGGACCUAUAGGAGGUCCAGCAUGGAGAGGUCCAGUUUGCUCCAGAACCGCUCCGUUUAUCAGCCAUCUUUGUUUGCAAAGCAAAGUCCAUCAGGAGACGGAGCAGCCAAUCAGAACCCUCUGCUGCUGCUGGGUCUAUCUGGGUCCGCUCGGCGCCCCCAGUCUGUCAGCAGCAGCAUGAAGGUAGGAGGCUUCCUGGUCCUGGCGUCGGUUCUGGUCCUGGUGUCGGUUCUGGUCCAGGCGUCGGUUCUGGUCCAGGCGUCGGUUGUGGCGUUGGGGCAGCAGACCGUCAGCGUUCAGCAGGCGGGGAACGACACGGCGUCCGUCCGAGCGCGUAAACAGGAGAUCAUUAAAGUGACGGAGCAGCUGAUUGAGGCCAUCAACAGCGGAGACUUUGAGGCCUACACGAAGAUCUGUGAUCCCGGCAUGACGUCCUUUGAGCCGGAGGCUUUGGGAAACCUGAUCGAAGGAACCGACUUCCACCGCUUCUACUUUGAAACAGCUUUGUCCAAAAGGAACCCCCAAGUCCACACCAUCCUGCUGAACCCCCACGUCCACCUGCUGGGCGACGAGGCCGCCUGCAUCGCCUACAUCCGCCUCACCCAGUAUGUGGACGGCGGCGGCGUGCCGCGCACCAUGCAGUCAGAGGAGACCCGCGUCUGGCACCGCCGCGACGGCAAAUGGCAGAACAUCCAUUUCCACCGCUCCGGCUCGCUCACCGUCCCCACCAACUGAAGACGCUCCUGGACCACAGCUGGCGUCCAGCAGUCGGCUGACCCCGCCCACCCCCUGGCCUUCGCUAUAGCUCCGCCCUCAGUUUGGGUCUGUGGUUCUGUCGGGCCGAUGAGGAGGAUCCACGGUUCUGGAGGUUCCAGUCGGCAGCAACAGCUUUAGAUCCAGAUGUUUAAGCCCCGCCCCCAUCGCCGUCAGUUUGAGCUCAGCUUCCUGCUAAAACUUUUCCUG